AUGCCGCCUCUGUCAUCUUCGCCGCCUCCAAUUCUCGCCAUCACGGCCACUUUUGUACAGCUGCUUGUCCAACAUCUGCCAAGACCAAUCCGCGAGGUCCUGCAAAAGGCUCACCACCACAUUUCCCGCUUCUUCGCCGCAGUCGCCACCUCCGCCAUCGUCGUCCGCGUGCAAUCGCUGAUUCCACCCAAGAUGCACCGCCCUUUGGGCUUCUCGGCUGCAAUCGUCGCCUUGUUUCUCAUGUUCGGCUUGCCCGUCAUCCUCGCGCAGAGCCAGCCGUUCCACUGCUACCCAUACCCGCCCACCGACCAGCUCGCGAGCCCCUUCAUCACGCUGCAGCCGCACUGCUGUAAAGGCACAAUUGACAACAAGCUGAGAGUUGGAACGAAGUGCGAACCGGCGAACGGAGGAAAAUACAAGACCAAGUUUGGACAAGAUCUGGGCACAUGCGCGACGGGAUGGACGGACGCGUGUUGUAUGCGCCUGCAUUACCCGCCUGAGAUUGCCCGCCCAGACAUGUCGUAUUGCGAUGCGGGGUUCCUCGUCAAGGCCGAAUCAAAAAAUAUCAUCGACGCCCGCAGUUGGAGCCCGAACAAGUACGGAAUCUGA